AUUUCUACACUUUGAAUUCAUUCCUCGUGAGCGCACAGUGCAGUGUCGCGUUACAACUGCUCUAGCUAUUUAAUGUGACAUGAAUACGAAACGGACCUGAUGAAAGGCUUGUUGAACGAGCUGAUAAACGUCAUUCCCGCACAUUUUUCGGUCAAUACGAUGCUUGACACACAGUAGUCAAAGUUAGCUCAACUGGCCUGUUUAUUCGGAUUGCAACCUAUCAUCUAAAAUUAUUUCUUUGACAGUGUGACAGCAACGGAUCCUCCGCCGACUGUCACCCAAGAAGCUAUACGACCCGGACCCGCCAGAGGAGCGUGAAAAAAAACAGAAACAUCGGAGGCUGUCGUCUCAAAGAGGUUGCCUGCAGUGAUGUCCAAGGCAACGAAGUCAGCGUCCAAGUCUCGGUCCCACUCUGGGUCCUGGUCCAGAUCUCGCUCCAGAAGCAGCUCACGAUCCAGAUCUAGGAAACAUCGCUACAGCUCUAGGUCCUGCACUCGCUCGCGCUCCAGAUCUCAUUCUCCAUCCCACAAUAACCGAGAGCGGAACUACCCAAGGGAGUACCAGAAUAAUAACCGUGAGUUCCGGGGCUACCACCGAGGCUUCCGGAGGCCCUACUACUUCAGAGGCCGAGGGCGUGGUUACUUCCCACGGGGGCGCUUCCAGAGGGGUGGGGGAGGCGGCUACAACAACAACUACCGCCCCAAUAACUGGCAGAACUACAGGCAGCACCCCCAACAGCAGCAGCAACAACAGCAGCAGCAACACCCCCACAGCCCGAGACGGGGACGAUCCCGUACCCCUAAAAAGCGCUCGGGUAGCCCUCGUUCCCACAGCCACUCCAAGGUCUCGGACCGCUCUUCCUCGCCCCGAUCCCGGCGCUCCCCCCACUCCUCUUCCUCACAUUCCUCCUCUCCCACACGCAGGUCGGGCUCUGGGUCGGCCACGCAGAACUCUAAGGAUGUCAAGGAGGAGCGCUCUGCCUCCAAGGAGGUCCAGAAGAAAGGAGGAGGAGGAGGAGAUGGCGAGCCCGUGGAGAUAACAGGGGGGUCUGCAGGGCCUGAUGGGAGCGCUGGUGGGGACAAUCCCAAGGCUAACUGGCAGGGCGUGACGGAUCACAGCAACAGCACCAGCCCCAAGGAGUCAAGUCCUCAGGUGCGCUCAGCUGUUAUCAUUGGUCAGGGCGCCCCAGCUUCGACCCAGUCUAGUCCCUCUCCUAAAAGCACUAAUGCUAAUGGCUCCAAUUCCAAUGGUGCCCCCUCAUUGCAGAUACAGACAGUGGGCAGUUCACCUUCCACCAAAAGCCCUUCUCAGAAAAGCCCCACACCUGUGUUCUCUGGCUUUGGCUUCUUCUCUAAAGACGACAACCUGGCAGGAGAUACAGCAGCUAUCUCCUCAGUGUUCAAAAGGUUCUUGGAAGAGCACAAUCAUAAGAAAAAGCAGUCUGGUUGGGAGAAUGGCAGAGAGAUGGAAACCAAUGAUGGGGAUGUGGAGCGGGAGAAAGGGAAUGGCAUGAAGGCCUCUGGGGGCAUCUUUGACAGAGAGCCCGACAAAGGGGAGAACGAGAAGUACAAGUACAGGGAAGACUUUGACGAUGAGGGGAAUGUGUCGUUGAACAGCUUCUUGAAAGCCUCCCCUUUCUUUUCCUGCGAUGGCGAGGAAGAGGACGAGGAGAUGAUACCCAAGUCCCGUCCCAAGGUGCUCCGCAAAGAGCGUGACCGGGAGGACGACGGGUCGCCCAAGCCCAAGGUCAAAGUCACCCUCUCGGCCAGGGAGCUAUUUGAGGAGCGCUUCGGCAAGUGGGAGGACCUGGCCUACUCGCAGGCGUCUGCCAAAGAUGAUGAUCUUGAUGCCAUGGCGGAGGAGAUUUACCGCAGCCAGAAGCAGGAGAAGGCCACGGCCAUAGCUGCGGCCUUGGCCAAGAGAGAGGCCAUAGCGGGCAUGCUCAGAGGCUUCUCCCCGGAGAACGUCAGCAAAGACAGGAGGAUGGAGAAAGCUGCCUCCAGCCGGUCCCCCAUACCCGCACCACGGAGGAACUCUGACCGGGAGAUGUUCAUGGUCAGGGGGGAGGACUCUCCCCCAAGGGCCUCUGAGAAAAGAGGAGCGGAGUUCAGCGUCAGAAUGGAUUCCCUCAGAGAUGACGUGGCAAGCUCCUCUGGUGUUAUGGUUGGUGAGCGAAGGUUAUCACAGGAUCUUGUGCAUCCUACUAAAAAGGAGCAGGAGUUUCGCUCUAUCUUCCAGCACAUUCAGGCCACACAGUUACAAAGGAGUCCCUCAGAGCUGUUUGCACAGCACAUUGUCACCAUUGUCCACUACAUUAAAGCACAGCACUUUCCAUCCAACGGAAUUACUCUAAAUGAGCGAUUUGCCAUGUACCAAAGAAGAGCUGCGCAAAAAGAAACGAUGAAGCCAAGGAAGAGCCCCGAGAUACACAGGAGAAUUGAUGUUUCUCCCAGUGCUUUUAAGAAACACUCUCACCUGUUUGAGGGGAUGAAAAGCUCCGGGGAUGGCAGUUACAAGGACGAAGGUAAAAAAAUGAAGGGUGACUCAAUGGACCUUCGUCUGGAUAUUGAGCGCCGUAAAAAAUAUUCCACCCGGGAGACUGAUUAUAAACAGGAUGGGGGGAGAGAUUCAGGAGACUCCCCAGAGGCUAGCAGGGAGAGGUCUGCUGAGAAAUCCUCCAAGCACCACAAGAAGUCCAAGAAAAACAAGAAGAAGCAAUCUCGCUCUCGAUCCUCCUCUUCCUCUUCAUCUGCCGAAUCUCACAGGGGAGGAGACUAUCCCCACGAGGAGCCUGAGCCCAAAGACGAAGGCUUUAACAAGGCCAGGCUGGGGCCUCGGGGGGACUAUGGCGGCCCCAUGGAGAGGGGACGAGGACGCGGAGGCUUUCAAUUUAGAAUAAGAGGAAGGGGCUGGAACAGGGAAAAUUACCAGGGAAACAAUUCUAACAGUAAUACCGCUAACAUGGGCAUACCAGUUCACCCCAAGAAUGAGGACUGGGACCCAGAGUACACCCCCAAGAGCCGAAAAUACUACUUGCAUGAUGACAGGGAGGGCGAGAGGAAGUGGGUGGACAACCGAGGACGUGGAGGACGGGGGAACUUCCUGCGUGGCAGCAGGGGCCGUUUCAUUAUCCGGAAGGCCAGCGUUGGCUUACCCAACAACCACACCAACAACAACAGCAGCCCCAAGUGGACACAUGACAAGUUUCAGGUCAACGGGGAGAAGGAGGAGGGCGAGCCCCAGGAGGAGGACACAGAGCAGGACCACAAAGACCAGGAGAAGUCUGAAGACAUGGAAAACGCUGAGCAGUGAGGUAGCUCAGGGAGAGAGAAACAUUGUACCAGCACAGUGGAAAUGUUCUACUGUCUCAAGUCAUCUAGGUCGUGUUGAAAUGGAUGAAAACGGACUGAAACGGAAGGAAAGGACUACCUAGACUUGUCCAAUAACAAACACUGUCCAAUAAGAAACUACCUGGACUUGUCCAAUUAGAAAAGACCCUGCUCACAGCCUAUAUCUAUCACAAUGGUUGGACAUGGGAGAGCGUUGCCCAUGCACAAAUAAACACAUUAGGAAUCAAUCAGGACUCACUUUGACACAAUAUCUUUACUUAACAUUAUGUUAUACUUUUGUCAGGGUAUAGCUAACUUGUGUUUUAUCUGCUUAUAGUAGAAACACUGUUAGACAGUGAACUGCUGUGUUGGAAUAGGAAAUCUACGUAACCAACCUCUGUGCUUGAUAGGUUAGCGCUAUGAACAGUGCAUUGUGGGGUGUUAUGCCUCUUAGUUACAGGGCUGAUGCAACAUUGCAUAACACUUUUAAAAAAAUGUUUAGAUCUUGACGCAAGAGCAUGACAGGAGGAUAUUUUUGUGCCUUAGAUUUAAUAAAAUAUGUCGAACACAUAUUUAUCUAAUUAAAUUACAUUUGAGGACAAACAGAUGAAUACUAUGCUAGAAGAUAAACAUUUUAUUUAUUUAUUACACAGUAGUGAUAAAACGUACACUAUUACACAGUAGAAAUCUUUUUAGACCAGUUUAGCCAUCAACUGCAGAAAAUACAGUAUACUGUUGACUUUAGCAAGUUUUAGGAUUCAACAAUGUAACCUACGGAUUCAAAUACGUAACCUGCGGAUUCUAAUACGUAACAUUCAACUACGUAACAUGCAACUUUGUAGCAUGUUUUUGGAUUCUACCAGGCUAAAGUACAGCUAGAGGCAAUCGAAUCCCUGUUUUACAUGACAACUGGGCCAGUGUCUAAUGGUCUAUAUGGUUUAGACCGUAUGGUUUAUAGUGGGCUUGCUAGUCCAGCAUCUUGCAAGUGACCCCUCUGACAAUGGGACCAAAUUGGGUCAAAGGUUAUAUUCUACAGACCUGCACUGUGGAGUGAAACAAGAUGCUCACAGUCCCCCAGAAGAGCAAACAGCAGUGGUGGAAAAAGUACCCAAUCUUCAUACCCAAUCGUCAUCCCUUAAAAGAAAAUGACUCAAGUAAAAGUUGAAAGUCACCCAGUAAAAUUCUACUUGAGUAAAAGUCAAAGUAUUUGAUUUUAAAUAUACUUAAGUAACAA